UGUGUGGGCGGCUCUGGAGGAGCCCUCCUCUCUGGUGAGGCCACGCCUUGGAGUGCACGCACCUCUACCUGGCUCAGGGAUGCUGCUUCGUCCCCGGAGGUUGCCCGCUUUUUCUCCGCCGUCGCCAGCUAGCCCCGACGCUGAGCUGCGGCCGGCCGGAGAUGUCCCGGUGACUACGUCUGAUGCCUUCGCUACUUCGGGCGGGAUGGCUGAACCCGGCUCGCCCAAGGCUCCGGUGUCCCCGGACUCGGCGCAGCGCACGCCCUGGAGUGCCCGAGAGACGGAGCUACUUCUGGGCACGCUGCUGCAGCCGGCCAUGUGGCGCUCACUACUGCUGGACCGCCGGCAGACUCUGCCUACUUACCGCCGCGUGUCCGCCGCACUGGCCCGUCAGCAAGUUCGGCGCACGCCCGCUCAGUGCCGCCGUCGCUACAAGUUCCUCAAGGACAAACUCCGAGACUCCCAGGGCCAGCCGUCCGGACCCUUCGAUAACCAGAUCCGCCAACUCAUGGGGCUAUUGGGGGACGAUGGGCCGCCGAGGGUCCGUCGCCGCUCUACUGGCCCUGGACGUCCCCAGCGCCGCGGCCGCUCGUCCCUCUCCGCGUUAGCACCCGCACCUACACCGGUGGAGCAAGAAGCCGAGCUGCCGCUGGCUGCGGAAAAUGACGAACCUGCCCCUGCGCUCAGAUUCAGUUCUUCCACUACGAAGUCUGCAGGUGCCCACCGCAUUACCAGCUCUCCUCCUCGGAGCACCGACACUCUGCCUCCUGAGCCGGGCCAUACCUUCGAAUCUUCCCCGACGCCAACCCCCGACCACGACGUGGAGACCCCGAAUGAGCCUCCUGGUCUUUCCCAGGGCCGUGCUUCUUCCCCGCAGGUUGCUCCCCAGUGGUUGAAUACCGCAUUGCUGCAGACCUUGACGCACUUGGGCGACAUCUCAACAGUUCUGGGCCCUCUGCGUGACCAGCUGUCGACCCUGAACCAGCACGUGGAGCAUCUACGAGGUUCCUUCGACCAAACCGUUUCUCUGGCGGUGGGGUUCAUUCUGGGCAGUGCAGCCUCCGAGCGGGGCAUCCUUGGGGACUUGCGCCAAUAAAGUUUUGUUAUCAGUCCUCCUCUCCAGAAACGACCCCCAGUCUACCCCGACCCCAGUUACUGUCCCCAUCCCCAUCCCAAACCUAGGUUCUUACGAAAAUAAAGAUUGUGUUUUCUACUUAA